AUGCGUGAAAUCGUUCAUCUGCAAGCUGGUCAAUGCGGUAAUCAAAUAGGAGCAAAGUUCUGGGAGGUGAUCUCCGACGAACACGGCAUCGAUCCAACAGGCACUUAUCACGGUGACUCGGAUCUUCAGCUCGAGCGUAUAAACGUCUACUACAACGAAGCGUCCGGGGGAAAGUAUGUUCCUAGAGCGAUUCUGGUCGACCUCGAGCCCGGCACCAUGGACGCGGUUCGCUCGGGACCGUUCGGUCAGAUAUUUCGACCGGACAAUUUUGUUUUCGGCCAGAGCGGGGCUGGGAACAAUUGGGCCAAGGGUCACUACACAGAAGGCGCGGAACUCGUCGAUUCCGUACUCGACGUUGUUCGCAAGGAGGCGGAGAGUUGCGAUUGCUUACAGGGUUUCCAGCUAACUCAUUCCCUCGGCGGCGGGACAGGCGCUGGAAUGGGAACGCUGCUAAUUUCCAAGAUCCGCGAAGAGUAUCCCGACAGAAUCAUGAUGACGUUCAGCGUUGUCCCAUCCCCGAAGGUGUCUGACACCGUGGUGGAGCCCUACAACUGCACUUUGUCCGUGCACCAGCUGGUCGAGAACACGGAUGAAUCUUACUGCAUCGACAACGAAGCCCUCUAUGAUAUCUGUUUCCGCACGUUGAAAUUGACCACGCCAACUUACGGCGAUUUGAAUCAUUUAGUAAGCGCUACGCUCAGCGGCGUGACUACCUGUCUGAGAUUCCCUGGCCAGUUGAACGCUGAUCUGCGCAAACUGGCAGUAAACAUGGUGCCAUUUCCGCGAUUGCACUUCUUCAUUCCUGGCUUCGCACCUUUAACGUCCAGAGGCUCGCAGCAGUACAGAGCCCUCACGGUACCGGAACUCACGCAGCAAAUGUUCGACGCGAAGAACAUGAUGGCGGCCUGCGAUCCUCGUCACGGUCGUUACCUGACCGUAGCAGCGGUUUUCCGUGGAAGGAUGUCUAUGAAGGAAGUGGACGAGCAGAUGCUCAACAUUCAGAACAAAAACAGCAGCUACUUCGUCGACUGGAUACCCAGUAACGUUAAAACCGCCGUGUGCGACAUCCCACCUCGCGGGCUGAAGAUGUCUGCGACUUUUAUCGGAAAUUCGACGGCUAUUCAGGAACUGUUCAAGAGAGUUUCGGAGCAGUUCACCGCGAUGUUCAGGCGGAAGGCGUUCUUGCAUUGGUACACGGGAGAGGGUAUGGACGAGAUGGAAUUCACGGAGGCCGAAAGCAACAUGAACGACCUGGUGUCCGAAUACCAGCAGUAUCAAGAGGCCACCGCCGAGGAGGAGGGCGAAUUCGACGAGGAGGAAGAGGGCGAGGGUGAAAACCAGUGA